GUGACUGUAACGAAUAUCCUGUCCCUUGGAUUUUUCGUUGUCCGGGAACAAUUUUUCGUAGGUGAGCGAAAGCCCCUGGGCUGUCAGUAGUCCACUUUCCGUUUUGACGGUCUUAGAGGACAGUUCGAUUGCAACCCUUGACGGCAGUUGCCACCGUGCUUCGCAUGUGACCGAACAGACAGGGGAGGGGUGGUCUGUCUCGUGUAUAGUACCGUGGAACACCGAGUUCUAGUCAACGUAGCUGGGCAGCAACGGCCACACCGAGGAAAAUAAGUCGCCGAGACACAGGGGACACCUCGACCCGGCUGCAAGCUCGUAACCCUCUGCUUUGUAGACAGCGUCGUUGGAAAAGCGCCAAGGACCAACCUUUGAUAUGCCGAUGUUGUUGUGAGAGCUUGUCGAGCCACGGACAUUGUCAGGACAGCAGGAAAGGAGAUGAGCACCAAGAGGAAGGCAGAGUGUCACUCAAGGGCAGCAAACAGACCACACAACAUGAAGUUUGGAGACACCCGGGCUGAUUCAGAGAGAGACUCUGGAUUCUCAGAUGCAAGCUCAGAGCAUAUGAGCACAAUGGACACCACAGACUCUGAGGAUCCCCCCCGCCCUGUUGUACAGCAGGGACCACAGACUUCUGGCUCGGGGCCCCAGCCUUCCCAGCUAGCUGUGGUGGGAGGCUCCUACUCCAGCCUUUCUCCCAUGAUCAUCAUGAACAAUGUCCUCCUGAAGCAGCCUGCAGACAAUCCUCCUGCUCUGAAACCCUGGCGGUUUAGUCCCACAGUGGAAGUGGUUCAGCCUGUGGUUCAGCCCGUGGUCCAGCAGCCUCAGGUGGUCUUCCUCCAACCUGUCGUCUCUCGUCAAGCUUCCCCUGCCUCCAAAGAAGCCACCCCCAGACACAGACGCCCUAAGAAGUAUCUUCCAAUCCUGAAAUCCUACCCCAAGAUCGCUCCACACCCUGGAGACAGCUCCGCUUCCUCAGGGAGAGGAACUGCUUCCUUAUCUUCACCCACCUCCUCUUCCUCGUCUCGUUCCUCCUCCUCUUCUUCAGGGUCAAAGAGAGGUAGCACUCUGACCUCCAACCACCGUGAACACUGUCAGAGAGAGAAACAGCCAAGAAGUCUGUGUGGUAGUGCUAGUAACUCUGGCUCAACCAUUCCAUGUCUUCCUGGUACCCCCAGCACCAUGUCUCCUCAGCUACAGAGCCGACUUUCUUUCCCUACAACAGAAACCAGCACCGGCAGUAGUCCUGCCAGGGAGAGGCCUUCAUCAACUAUCAGGCAGUCAGAUUGUACCACCUCCCUUUCUUUCACUAACACUGAUGGUUCCAAAAACCAGACACUCACUGUUCCUUGGAUGGGCACCCAGGAGAAAGUCUCACCAGGAGAACAUGACCACAGUGACAAUGAUGCUGAUACACGGAGGAAGCGUUUUUGCAACACCUACAACAUCCUAAGCAAAUCUGGCCUCCUAGACAUCACGCUUCGCACCAAGGAGCUCCUCAGGCAGAACCGACGCACCCAGAACGACCUAGACCGGCUAAAACAACACACAGACCUCCUCCUUCAGGCUCUGCGGAGUGGUGACACUGGCAUCUGUGUUAAGCUGCUGGCCAGCCUUCAGGAGGAAGAUGGAGAGAAAGAGAGGGAGAGAGCUGCUCAGACCAUCUUAAAGGCAGAUUAGACCUAGACUAGCGCUAGACAAUAAGCCUUUAGACUGAAACUGGGAAAGGAAGGCCAGCAUUGGGGGGUUGGAGCUUACAGAGACAGAUGGACCGAAAGUAAUGUGCUCCACAAUACACACCCACCCCCAGACUCUCUCUCACAGACAGUGUGCUGUGGCCUACAUUUUGGCUGUUGCCUGCCUAAGGGCCCUGACACACCAAGCCAGCCUCAAACAAUUGCUGCAAAUAAAGCAGACUUUUUGUUGCCUCACCUCUUGUGUUAAAAGUUGCAGUCUAACUCAAUGCAAGAAUAUAGCUGGUGACCACCAACAUGCACAUAAAUUCUGCACCUGCAUGAGAGGAAAUAUUUUGGUCAUCAGUCUGUAUUUGCUAUACAGGAAACACCAGGGAAAGAGAAGGAAAGCAAUUUUUUUGGCUAGUUUGUUAAAAAGGUCGCAAUAUAUGAUCAAAUUACGAAUUGAUAAUAUCAGAAUGUCUCUUAAAAAAGUUGCCUGUAAACUGUGUUUUGCUGUAGCUGAUGGUGUCAGUCUGUGGUGUUUAGCUUGUGGUAAAAGAAAAGAUGGUGGGAAAAAAUGAUCAUUUUCUAGGUCGGUCUCUAAUCGCUUCAUUCACUGAUUCGGCAACUUUAUUUGUCCAAACUGCCGCAGCUAUGAUCCAACUCGUGUCAUCAGUUAAGGACACGGUGAAAAAACUAUGGGCGAUGGUCAGCCACACACAUAAAGUGCUGCCCGGUCGCAAGCUGUCAGCUUGGUGUGUCAGGGACCAAAGGUCCAACAGGGCCAGAACCACAGCACACUGCUUUGCCAUGUUGAGCCUGACUAGAUCUCUUCCACUGAAACUGCCUCUCUUCGGCACUCUUUUGCUCAUUGGCAGUCUGGAUCGAAGAGCUCUGAGAGAUUCAGAUCUCAGGCAUAAAGGGAUGCAGAGGGUAAAAAAAAAAAAAAACUUUUUUUUUUUUUUUUUUAAUAAAUUUUUUUUUUCUUUACCAAAUGCACAAUAUAGGCUAAGAAUCUGAAAGCUUGAUUAAAACUCUUAAGACUGGAUAUUUUAACUUUAACAGCGCACGACAAGGUGUUUUCAUCUAAAACUAAAGACAUCAGUAUACUAAUCUUUCUGACAACAGAAUGAAUUAGGUUUGACAUCUCUACAAUAGUUUUGCAUCAUUCAUGGUAUUUCUUUAAGCUGUGUUCCACUGGUACUGCUUAACAGUCAGUAAGUGUGUAUAUAAUCUAAAUUACUUUAUGCAGCAGUUACCAAUAAUGUAACAUCAAUGAUUAUGACAGGCUCAAGGAAAUGUUCCCAUGUCACACUGAAUGUGUUCAGGGCCUCAUGAUAGCCAGCAUCUUCAAACAGACAAACAUGUGCCUAAAGUGUCUCUUUAGUUCCUGCUGUGUUUUAAAAAGAUGAUAUGAAAGAAUUAGCACAGCCCGUUGACAGUUUAGCAUUCCCAUCAUGUUGAUGGCAGCUGUAAUACAGGGCAAACUGGCUGGAAGUAAAGCUCUUAACAGCCAUUUAGAUGCUUCCCCAAUAACAUCCCAGUGCAAAGGGUGCUUCCUGUAGCUCAACCAUAUUUAUCUGACUUGUGUAUGAAUUCUUUCAUUCUUAUGUGUGUUGUUUUUAUAUAUAUGUAUAUAUAUAUAUAUAUAUGUAUGUAUGUAUGUAUAUAUGUAUAUAUGUAUGUAUAUGUGUAUAUAUAUAUUAUAUAUAUAAUAUAUAUAAUGUGUGUAUAUAUGUGUUAAAAAAAAAAACAGAUGAUGUAAAUCAAUGUGAAAUGUGUGAAAUAUUUGUGUAAACCUUUUGAGUCUGCUAAGACAAAGUCAGGUUUCUUGAUGAAGACCAGUUAUUGUGCAUCAACUUUAGGCUACUUACGUCCACAAUUUUUAAUUUUUAUUUGACAAAAGGUCCAACAGUUGCAACGUCUAAAUUGGGAACAGUUGUGUAAUUUGUGAUGCUUUAUUUUUUCUUUUUCGUAUGGUUCUAAAUUAUGGCCUUAAUAUCCAAACCCUGUAUAUGUCACAGAACUUUGCAUUUGCACUACAAUAAUGUAAGAGUAGCUCUGAAGCAAUUUCUGGGCAGAAUUAAAUGGCAGCUAUAGUAGCUCAUUUUUGCGGACUUCAAAAGUUUUUCGUUUUAAGUUACUUGAAGUGUAUCGCUAGUCAUCAUAAGCACACUAUCUGUGUAUACAUAGUGCUCCUAUAGUACAUUCAUGCCUAACAUUUAUAUUAUCAGAUUGUAUUAUUACUACCAAUUUUCUCAGUAUUAAACAUGUUUUUGCAUAUUGUGUUUAUUUAACUAUAAAAUGAUAUUUGAUGUGAUGAUAACGUACUUGCUGUGCUUAUGUUGACUUAAAAUGGCUUCCGAGGAACAUCUCAAGCAAGGGAUACUUUCUAUUCUAUUACAGUUUAUUUAGAGUUGUAAGGGUUGUAAGAGUUGUAUAUUCUGUGACAAAAUGUUUGGAGGUCAUUGUCACAAGAACGAAUAACUUAGACAUUUGGUCUCUUUUGUAAAUUACUUGUGGGUGUUCUGAUAAUACACAUCGGUCUGUUUGUUUGUUUUUUGUAGGGAUUGGAGCACAUUCAUUUUACAGCCUUAAUUUUCUGAACAGACUGACAUGACAACUGUUAACGUCUUCAUUGGUCAGAAAAAAUGGACAUUUUGACUCUGAAGACACAGUAACAGAUGAUGUGUUAGUCUUUUUCUACAGUAUACACUGUAAAUUAAUCAGUAUGUUUAUGUUUAGGGUCACUGUCCUGCUGGAAAACAUUGCUGUGUUUAAUAUUCAGCCUUCUGUCUGAUAAUUUGUGGUUUUACUGAAGCACUUUGAGGUCAUCUGAUAUACUCCACCCAUUUUCUUUUCUGCAGUGCACCAGUCCAAUGUUAGCAAAACAGCCCCAGAUGCAUUGUACAGUUUAUUUUGGAUUGAAUGGCUCAGUGUCUCCCCUCUUAACAUCACUGUGGAUUUGGUGGCCAGAUAACUUACCACAAACCCCUCCAAAAGUGUUUUUCUAUGACCAUUUAAUCUGCAGCAAACUUAAGCUUAGAUUUUAAGUUUUUGGUUGAUUUAGUUCCA